AUGCUGUCAUUAGAAGUAAUUAGAAAUAUUAUCAAACAAAUUAAAGAAAACAUAUUUUAUGCCAUUUUAUUAGACAAAACUAGUGAUAUUACUGUCAAAGAACAAAUUUCAUUUUGUUUAAGAACAGUGGACAAAGAAUCAUUGGAAAUCGAAGAAUAUUUUAUGGAACAAUGUUUUGAUGGUGCUAGCAAUGUUUCUGAAAAUCAUAAAGGAUUACAAGCUAGAAUAAAAGAAAUUGAACCAAGAGCAUUGUUUGUUCACUGUCAAGCUCAUUCUUUAAAUCUUGUUACUCAAGAUAGUAUGCGAAAUGUAAAAAAUGCUAGAGACACACUAAAUUUUAUAAGAGAAUGA